AUGGAUUACGACUUUAAAACCAAGCUGGCUGCGGAGCGGGAGAAAGUGGAAGAUCUGUUCGAAUAUGAAGGUUGUAAAGUGGGUCGCGGCACCUACGGGCAUGUUUAUAAAGCCAGGCGCAAAGAUGGGAAGGAUGAGAAGGAGUACGCUCUCAAACAGAUUGAAGGAACUGGGAUCUCCAUGUCGGCUUGCAGAGAAAUUGCGUUGCUACGAGAGCUGAAGCAUCCGAAUGUUAUCGCUCUGCAGAAAGUGUUUCUAUCUCACAGUGAUCGGAAAGUGUGGCUCCUCUUCGACUAUGCUGAACAUGAUCUGUGGCACAUUAUCAAGUUCCACCGGGCGUCCAAAGCCAACAAGAAGCCGAUGCAGCUACCCAGAGGCAUGGUGAAGUCCCUGCUCUACCAGAUCCUCGAUGGAAUUCAUUACCUUCAUGCCAACUGGGUCCUACACCGAGACCUGAAACCUGCCAACAUCCUGGUGAUGGGGGAGGGUCCCGAACGAGGCAGGGUGAAAAUCGCGGAUAUGGGUUUUGCACGCCUCUUUAAUUCUCCUCUGAAGCCAUUAGCUGAUUUGGACCCAGUUGUGGUCACAUUCUGGUACCGAGCACCUGAACUGCUGCUGGGAGCACGACACUACACCAAAGCAAUCGAUAUUUGGGCGAUAGGCUGCAUCUUUGCAGAGCUGCUGACAUCAGAGCCGAUAUUCCACUGCCGUCAGGAGGACAUCAAAACCAGCAACCCGUUCCACCACGACCAGCUUGACCGUAUCUUUAGCGUCAUGGGCUUUCCUGCAGAUAAGGACUGGGAAGAUAUCCGGAAGAUGCCGGAGUAUCCGACCUUGCAGAAGGACUUCAGGAGAACAACGUACGCCAACAGCAGCCUCAUCAAAUACAUGGAAAAGCAUAAAGUAAAACCAGACAGUAAAGUCUUUCUGCUGCUCCAGAAACUUCUCACCAUGGACCCCACCAAAAGAAUCACAUCUGAGCAAGCACUGCAAGACCCCUAUUUUCUGGAGGAUCCCUUACCCACAUCCGACGUUUUUGCAGGAUGCCAGAUCCCGUACCCCAAACGUGAGUUCCUCAAUGAGGAUGAACCUGAGGAAAAGACAGAGAAGAAUCAAACGCAGCAGCACCAGCAGCAGACACAGGCUCAGACACAGGCGCAGGUACAACAGGCUCCGUCCCAGCAGAGUUCGGCCCAGACCAACGGCACGUCAGGGGGGGCCACUGGGCCCUCCAUGCAGCACACAGGUCAGGAGCAAGGGCCCCCAAACAAGAAGAGCCGCACAACAGGGGCCAACGUUCUCCAGCCAGACUACCAGCACUCCAACUCUCGCCUUGGCUAUCAAAGCAACGUCCAGGGCUCCACCCAGUCUCAAAGCACUAUGGGAUAUUCGUCCACAUCUCAGCAAAGCUCCCAGUAUUCUCAUCAGUCUCAUCGUUACUGAGGCGUGUGCAUAUUUAUGGCUCGUGAUUAGACAUUUACAGCUCUGUGAAGUUAUACCUCUCCCAGCCUUGUUCUCCUCAUCCUCACUUUCUUUAUACUCCUAAGCUUUAGUCUGGGAUGAACAUGCAAAGUCCUCCUAGCAUCCACAAUACCAGCAGCAUUAGCAGUAGCUCCUCCUGGAUCAGCGCAGUAUGAUGGUGCAGCACUUUCCACACUCACAAUGCAUUUUAUGAGACUCACAGCUCCUGAGGUACAGCUGAACCCUGAGAUAAGUAUCAACAUCAGCAUCACAACUAUCAAGAAGUGCUUAUACGAAGCAACUUGGAACUAAAGCAAGGUCUGAUUUCCACUCACUGCUGAUUUGGGGAUUUUAAGCACUGACCUACACUACCACCGUAGUGACAGAACUAGUCCAUGCUCAGUGUCCAUAAAGCUACAGUUCUUAACUUCCUUAAAACUUCCUUUAAUAAAAGCAACCUGCAGAGACCAGUCAAAACCCAAA